AUGGGUUCGAGUAAGCUAAAACGCGCCAUAGGAGCCGUGAAAGACCAGACAAGCCUGGGAUUAGCGAAAGUCGGAGGUCGAGGCAGUUUUAUAACGGAGCUCGAAAUAGCCAUCGUGAAAGCAACGCGACACGACGAAUAUCCAGCGGAUGAGAAAUACAUCAGAGAGAUCUUAAGCCUAACGUCCUACUCACGCAACUACGUAAGCGCUUGUGUUUCAACUCUCUCUCGACGUCUCAACAAGACCAAGAACUGGUUGGUUGCUCUCAAAACCUUGAUUUUGGUCCAACGUUUGUUAACAGAAGGAGACAGAGCGUACGAGCAAGAGAUCUUCUUCGCCACGAGACGAGGAACGAGAUUGCUUAACAUGUCUGAUUUCAGAGACGCGAAUCGUUCUGAUUCGUGGGAUUACUCUGCUUUUGUUCGGACUUACGCUCUGUAUUUGGACGAUCGGCUUGAUUUCCGGAUGCAAGGAAAGAGAGGGAAACACGGUAAUGAUGGUGGUGAUUCCGGUGACGACGAAGAUGAUCAUCGAGAGACCAAUGCCAAUAUUCGGUCGAGAGCUCUUGUGGUUAAGACCAAACCAGUCACAGAGAUGAAAACAGAGAAAAUCUUCACCAGAGUACAUCAUUUACAACAGCUUCUUGAUCGGUUCUUGGCUUGUCGUCCAACAGGUAAUGCGAAGAACAACAGAGUGGUGAUAGUGGCUUUGUAUCCUAUAGUGAAAGAGAGUUUUCAGAUAUAUUACAACGUAACAGAGAUAAUGGGAGUGUUGAUAGAUCGAUUUAUGGAGUUAGACAUUCAUGAUUCGAUCAAAGUCUAUGACAUCUUCUCUCGAGUUUCGAAACAGUUGGAUGAGUUAGAUCCGUUUUACGGAUGGUGUAAGAAGAUGGGAGUUGCAAGAUCUUCAGAGUAUCCAGAGUUGGAGAAGAUCACACAGAAGAAACUUGAUCUCAUGGAUGAGUUCAUAAGAGAUAAAUCUGCUUUAGCUGCGCAAACAUCUAAAUCAUCAUCAAGAAACUCUAACAAAUCCGAAGAAGAGGAAGAGAGAAAAACAGAGGAAGUUCAAGAAGAAGAUUUCAACACCAUUAAAGCAUUACCAGCACCGAAUCACGAAGAGGAAGAGGAAAAAGAAGAAAUGGAAACAAAGAAAGAUAUUCAAGAAGUGGUUUCAAGACAAGAUCAAGAAGGUGAUUUGCUGGAUUUAACUGACGAGGCGGUUGAAACGGGAGGAGCGGUUGGUGAUAGUUUGGCGUUAGCGUUAUUCGAUGGAGAGGUAGCGACUGAGACUGCGUCUGGACCGGGGUGGGAAGCGUUUGAUGACGAUUCAGCGGACUGGGAGACAGCUUUGGUGAAAUCAGCGACGAGAUUGUCGGGACAAAAGAGUGAGCUUGGAGGAGGAUUUGACAGGUUGUUGCUUGAUGGAAUGUAUCAGUACGGUGCGGUUAACGCGGCGGUUCAAACGUCUACGGCUUAUGGAAGCAGUGGAAGUGCGAGUAGCGUUGCGUUUGGUUCUGCAGGAACACCAGCAGCCUCUAUUUUGGCAUUGCCGGCGCCACCACCGAUGGCCAACGGAAACAGAGUAGGAAGCAAAAGUCAGGUGAUAGUAGACCCAUUUGCGGCGUCGCUAGAGGUGGCACCACCACCGUACGUGCAAAUGAAUGAUUUGGAGAGAAAGCAAAGAUUGUUGAUGGAAGAACAAAUGAUGUGGGAUCAGUACAACAGAAAUGGAAGACAAGGUUACAUGAAUUUCAUACAAAACCAACAACAACAUUAUCAGCUUCCAUACUCCAUGGGACCUUACUCUUACACACCUCGUUAUUGA